GCGGCGGUUGCCGGGACACCGCGUAAACACUGGAGCGCGCGGUCCAGCCAGUGUCUCUUCUACCUGGUGGAGCCUGCGUUUCCAGAAAGGUGGUGGCUGUGGGAGCCAAGAUGGCCACCCCAAAGAGAACUUUGAACUUUAGUGAAAGUCAUCAGAAAUUAGUAGAUGAAAACUUUCGCAGAAAUUUGGAUAUUAAAGCACUAAAAGAGAUGCAGACUCAAAUCAGCAAACAAAUGGAGAAGAAUAAAACUGAUGACAGUAUUGAGUGCAGGAGAUUCCUCAGAUUAUUACAGAAUGAACAGUUUGAGUUGGAUAUGGAAGAAGCCAUCCAAAAAGCAGAAGAAAACAAAAGAUUGAGGGAACUCCAGCUUGAACAAGAAGAAAAAUUGGCUCUGGAAUUGGCAAAAUUAAAACAUGAAAGUCUAAAGGAUGAAAAAAUGAGACAACAAGUAAGAGAAAACAGUAUUGAGCUCAGAGAAUUGGAGAAGAAAUUAAAAGCAGCUUACAUGAAUAAAGAAAGAGCAGCCCAGAUUGCUGAGAAGGAUGCCAUUAAAUAUGAGCAAAUGAAACGUGAUGCUGAAAUAGCCAAGACCAUGAUGGAAGAGCACGAGAGAAUGAUGAAGGAAGAACAUGCUGCCGAAGAUAGAAAAAACAAAGUUAAAGCGCUGUACUGUCUUGACUUGGAGAAACAACUGGAAGAACAAGAGAGAAAAAAGCAGGAAGCUUAUGAGCACUUGCUGAAAGAGAAACUCAUGAUUGAUGAAAUUGUUAGAAAAAUCUAUGAAGAAGAUCAAAUGGAAAGACAACAAAAAUUAGAAAAAAUGAAUGCAACUAGAAAAUAUAUUGAGGAGUUUCAGAAAGAGCAGACUAUCUGGAGAAACAAGAAACGUGAGGAGAUGGAAGAAGAAAACAGAAAAAUCAUAGAGUUUGCUAACAUGCAGCAGCAAAGAGAAGAACAAAGGAUGGCAAAAGUUCAGGAAAAUGAGGAAAAAAGGCUGCAGCUUCAGAAUGCGCUGACUCAGAAAUUGGCAGAAAUGCUGCGGCAACGUGAAGACCUGGAACAAGUACGACAGGAAUUAUACCAGGAAGAACAAGCUGAAAUAUACAGGAGGCAACUAAGAGAAAAAGUAGAAGAGAAAUUGAGAAAGCAGAGAGAGUUGAAGCAAGAUUUUGAAGAACAAAUGGCUUUGAAGGAAUUAGUAUUACAGGCUGCAAAAGAAGAAGAGGAGGCUUUUAGAAAAACAAUGCUAGCUAAACUUGCUGAGGAUGAUCGAAUAGAAUUAAUGAAUGCUCAGAAACAAAGAAUGAAGCAACUGGAACAUAGAAGGGCUGUGGAAAAACUUAUUGAAGAACGUCGAAACCAGUUUCUUGCAGACAAGCAACGUGAGCUGGAAGAAUGGCAGUUACAGCAAAGAAGACAAGGUUGUAUUAACAAUAUUAUUGAGGAAGAAAGGCUAAAACUUCUCAAAGAACAUGCUACAAAAUUAUUAGGAUAUCUCCCUAAGGGAAUAUUUAAAAAAGAGGAUGAUAUUGAUAUGCUUGGUGAAGAGUUUAGGAAAGCAUAUCAGAAAAGGAAGGAAAUUUGUGAAGAAAAGUGAUACCAUCAAACUUGGAACAGUGAGAAGAAUUCCUAUCCUUUAAAUGAUUGGUAUGAUUCAGCAGUGAAACCAUCAGUGCUUUUCUUUGGAGACAUUCAUUAUUGGUUUGUUAAGAUUUUGUUUCUUCAUAGAAAUCAGCUUUUUCAUCACUGUGACCAAAACACCUGACAAGAGUAAGUAGAGGAAGAAAAGUUUAUCUUGGUGGAAUCCUCCAUGAUCCCCUUAAUCCUAGCGUCUUGCAUUCCUGAAGAACCACACAGUUGAUGCCAAGGUCUCCUGCCAUCUUGAGCAGUAGUCUCUAAGGACUAUGGCUGUAAGCAGCCUGAGUGGCUGAACAAGGUGAAAAUACUUCCUAGUCCCACCCUCACCCUGCAAGCAGGGUUCUUGCAGGGUUUCUUCUCAAAAGAACUUUUGCAUCCUUGAGCCUGACAUGGUUGUCAUCUUGUCAAUUUCUGAGAUGUCCUCAGAACAUCAGUCUUUCCUGUUGUUUCUGAGCACUUACCAGUGUCUCUUCAAUAACCACACCUUCCUUAGCCCCAGUUUUACUCACACUUCUCUGACCAAGUUUUUCAAAUCUUUGCUUUCUCCUCCUAAUUAUCACAGUAAACUUGGUUAAAAGCUGCCAGUAAUAUCCAUGCCACUGCCUGAAUGCUGGGCUGCCUUGAAAUUUCCUCCAUCCAUUAUUUUAAAUUCAGCCUCACAAAGCGUCUUAGAACAUGGGCAAAAUGUAGACAACUGCUUUAGACUGUAGUUUAAUUUCCAGUAGAAUCGUUCUCUGAAACCUCAUGAGCCCAAUCUUUACUCUCCACUGUCCUGUGGGCAUUCUAGUCUUAUGAAACCCCACCAGAUUCACCCAUUAAGCUUUGCUUAUAACACUUAAAGUUUUUCAGUUUGCAUCUCCAAACUUUAGCAAAUUCCACCCUCCAAGAACUAGCUCCAAAUGCUUCCAAACCAUGUGACCAGGUUAGUCACAUCAAUGACCCUACUUCUCAGUACCAAUUUCUGUUUUAAUCAGUAUUUUUGGCUGCUAUAACCAAAAGAGCUGACAAGAACAAUCUGAUGGCUGAUGGUUUCAGAGGUCUCAGUCCAUAGAUGGCUGGUUCUGUAGCUCUGGACCCAAGAAGAGGUUGGAUAUCAUGGCAGAGAGUAUGGUGAAGGAAAGCAACUCAGAACAUGGCAAUUAGGAAGCAGAAAAUUCUGCUCACCACGGACACAAAAUAAACCCCAAAGGCCCAGUGACUUGUCUCCUCCACCCAGUUAAUCCAUAUCAGAGGAUUAAGCCAUUAUUCCUCUCAUAAUCCAAUUGUUUCAUCUCUGAACAAUGGGAACACCUCAUAUCUAAACCAUAACAAUAAUUCAAUCAUAGUAGGUUGUGUGCAUCCAUAAAUUUAUUUCUUGUAACUUAUCCAACUUGGUGGCAUAUAACUGUAUUAGUCUUAUGAUCCUUUUUAAUGUCUUUUUCAUCUGAUUUUGAAUCUUUUAUUCAACUUUAGUCUUGUUCAAGUUUAGAUAACUGUAAUCUUAUUUUCCAAAACCAACCUUUUUUUUUUGGUUAAUUUUUUGCACAGGUUGAUUAUCCAUUAUCUGAAAUGCUUUGGACAAGAAUAUUUUCAUAUAUAAUAUCUUGGAGGUGAAACUCUAUCCUAAACAUGAAAUACAUUUUAUAUUCCAUAUGCACAUACCCUGAAGGCAAUUUCUUACAGUAUUUUUAGCAUAACUAUUUUCUACAACCUGUCACAUUAAGUGUUUUUCAUUUGUGGCAUCAGGUCAGACAAAAUGUCUUGGAUUUUGGAGGAUUGAUGAUUUCGUAUUUUUAGAGUAGGGAUAUCCAACCUGACUCAUUUUCCUAGUUCCAGUUUCCCUUAUGUCUGAUCUUUAUUAUUUCCUUUCUUGUACUAAUUUUGAAUUGAGCUUGUUUUUUCUAAUUCCUUGAGGUGCAAUUUUGGUGUUUUGAACUAUUUCCUUUCGAAAUAUGCAUUUAUUGCUUUGAACUUCCCUUAGAAAUGCUUUAGUUUUCAUUUUUCCUCUCAAAUUCAAAAUUUACCUUUUCCUCACUGAUUGCUGGUUAUUCAGGAGCAUAUUGUUUAACUUCCAUGUAUUUGUAAAGUUUCUGAAGUUCCUUCUGUUACCAAUUUAUAGUUUUAUACCAUUGUGGCUAAAAAAAAGAUACUUGAUGUAAUUUUAUUAAAAUUUGUUUUGUGGACUAAUGUGAUCUAUCCUGAAGAAUGUUUUAAGUGCACUUAAAAAUAUGUAUUUUGUUCUUGGAUGAAAUUUUGUUUUUUAGAAGUGAAACUCACAUUCAAUGUUUGAUUUUUCUCUCAAUUUAUCCAUUGUUGAAUGUGGGUCAUUGAGGUCCUAUACCAUCUUUCCCUUCAGAUCAUUUAAUAAAAACUGCUAUAUGUAUUUAGGUGCAUACA